GCGAGGAGGAGGAGGAGGAGGAGGAGGAGGAGAGGCAGCAGGAAACCCAGCCCACACUUUGCCUUCCUGCUGCCUCCUUCUAAAACCCGCAGAUUCCUCCAGCCUUCCCCAGCGCCUGAAGUUUCCUCAGCCCAGCUGCCAGGACUGCGAGGGUUUGCUGAAAGAUGAGAGCCUGGAUUUUCUUCCUUCUCUGCCUGGCAGGCAAAGCCCUGGCAGCUCCGCAGGAGGCCCUGCCCGAUGAGACGGAGGUCAUCGAGGACCCCACCACGGAGGAGCCUGUGGGGGCAAACCCCGUCCAGGUGGAGGUGGGGGAGUUCGAGGAGCCCACAGAGGAUGUAGAGGAGAUCGUCGCAGAGAACCCGUGCCAGAACCACCACUGCAAGCACGGCAAGGUGUGCGAGGUGGACGACAACAACUCGCCCAUGUGCGUGUGCCAGGACCCCUCCAGCUGCCCAGCCACCUCUGGAGUCUUCGAGAAGGUCUGCGGCACCGACAACAAGACCUACGACUCCUCCUGCCAUUUCUUUGCCACCAAGUGCACCCUGGAGGGAACCAAGAAGGGACACAAGCUGCACCUGGACUACAUUGGGCCUUGCAAAUUCAUCCCCGCCUGCCUGGACACGGAGCUGACCGAGUUCCCCCUGCGCAUGCGGGACUGGCUGAAGAACGUGCUGAUCACCCUGUACGAGCGCGACGAGGACAACAACCUGCUGACCGAGAAGCAGAAGCUCAAGGUGAAGAAGAUCCACGAGAACGAGAAGCGCCUGGAGGCCGGCGACCACACCGUGGAGCUGCUGGCCCGCGACUUCGAGAAGAACUACAACAUGUACAUCUUUCCCGUGCACUGGCAGUUCGGGCAGCUGGACCAGCACCCCAUUGAUGGGUACCUGUCCCACACCGAGCUGGCCCCGCUGCGCGCCCCCCUCAUCCCCAUGGAGCACUGCACCACCCGCUUCUUCGAGGCCUGCGACCUGGACAACGACAAGUACAUCGCCCUGGAGGAGUGGGCCAGCUGCUUCGGCAUUAAGGAGCAGGACAUAGACAAGGAUCUCGUGAUCUAAACCCCCCCAGCUUCCUCCUCCGCUGCCAACUUUGUCUCGUUUUAACCUUCCCACUUCCUUCGGUCUUUGAACCGCUUUCGUUUCAUUUCGUUUUCCACGGGAACAAGGUGCUAAUAUAGAUCUAAACAUAUGUAGUAUCGGUGCUAAGAGAAGUAACAGCCCUUCACAGCCUAACCCGUUACCACUACAUUGCCCACCUGGCUCUUUCCACAUGCCCUCACCAGCCCUCUCUCUCCCCGACGUGCCUUUACGAUUGUCCGACCCUGUUCCUGGACGAAAUGCCCGCUCUGUAUCUCUCCCGGACCGACUCCUGUUAUCUCCUUACCUACGGCAUGUUCUCGGACACGCGGCACGGACACAACGGGCUCAGCUGAUUCACUGCCCGAGCCCCAGAGCACACGGGAGGCAGAGCCAGGGGAUGUAGAGGGGGCUUUCGGGGCGGGUGAUGCAGUGGUCACCCAGCUCGUGGUAGGGGGGAUGGAGAGGGGUGAGGAAGGCAUAGAAAGGCAGGAUUUUGUUCUGAGUUGUUGUUUUUUAAAACCAUUCCCAGGGCUUGAAUUUAACAAUCAUUGGGCACCAAAAAAUAAAAAAGGGCGAAUCCAAGAAACAAACAGGAAAAUGCACAAAAAAAAAAAAAAGAAAAGAAAGAAAGAAAGAAAGAAAACAAAUAAAACAAAGUCAUCCCAUCCUGUAAAAUCCCCUCAAGAGAAAUAAAGGUUUGAAAGUGCUACGUGCUUUACCGUUACUCGAUGACUGUACUGCUCUUGUGUUCUCUCUGCUGCAAGGGGAGAUGUGGUGUGGACGUGGGUGCUCGCGGCUGAGAUCAAGCCCUUGGCUCCCCAGGUCACGGUGCCCACCUCUGCCUCGGUUGCUCUUAAAUUCCAGCCCUGUUCUCCCGGGGAAGCUGUGCUGGGCUUGGAGGGGACGUUUCUGCUCGGAGGGGCGUGCUUGCCACACGCACGACGCGGUGCUUUUAUCCUGGUGUGGAUUUUGGGGUUAAAGGAUGGGCGGGAGGGAAGGGAGAAGUUAUUUGGAUUUUGCUUUAUAGAAAGUGUCCUGCAGGAGCGAAGGGGUGGUUAAGUCUCACAGGCUGAGAUCUUUUUUUUUUUUUUUUUUUCACCUCUGAAUGUUCCCUGUGCCUUAUAUUAUUAAAUUCUUGCCACAGUG